AUGGCUGAUAAAUAUGGCCGUCGUCCUAUAAUAGGUAUUUGUCUAUUGCUAACGGCAUGUUCUGGAUUUAUUUGUACAUUCUUUCCACAAAAAGCUAAAUUUGGUUUUUGGUCAAGUUAUUCAGCUUAUACAUUAGGUCGCUUUAUAUUAGCUUGUACAACCAGAGGCAUUGGCAUUACUGGAUUUGUACUAGUCACUGAACUAGUUGGUCCAACAAAAAAAUUUCUAGCAGCAAUUAUUAUUCAUUAUUGCUUUCCACUCGGUCAAUUAGUUUUGGUUGUUUUUGCUUAUUUUAUUCGUGAAUGGAGACGUUUAACAUUGGCUCUAACUAUAUUUACAAUCCCGUUCAUAUUAUUGCAUUUUCUUGUGCCAGAAUCAGCAAGAUGGAUGAUUAGUAAAGGACAAUAUGAACAAGCAGAAAAACUACUUCGAAAAAUUGCAAAAACAAAUAAAAGACCAUUUGAUGAGGAAGCAUUUCAAAGAAUGAUAGUUGAUCAAGAAAAAGCUCGUCUUUGGGUCAAUCUUCCUACUGUGUUGUUCGGUAUUCUAUCACUUGUGGCAGCUCUUCUCGUUCUCAUACUACCGGAAACAUUAAAUAAAACACUUCCACAAACAAUUGAAGACACAGAACAAAUGGGUUUGGUUUGCAUCCGUAUUCGUGAUGCUCGACGAAGUCCAAAAACAAAACGGAAAGCUUGUACCGAAAAUGAUCAGAAUACAAAUGAAGACCUACUAUUAAGUGAACAAUUGAAAGUAACUGAUCAACUUUAG